AUGUCUGGGCUUCGAUCCCGCAACACGGAAACCUGUCCCGAGAAGUCCCUUGAGGCUCGUGUGGCCGAGCUCGAGGCACAAGUGCUUGCUUCUCGCGCAGGGCAUCAACAAUACCCCUCAUUGAUGGCUUCGAAAAUCGCUCAAGCAACCAUAUCCUUCGGCACACCCAUCACUGGCUCAUAUCCUCUGUCCAAGAUUUCGCCAAAUUUAUUUAUGCGCCCCUCAUGCCCUCCGUUAGCCAUCUCGGCCAACGCCCGUGGCCCCGAUCCAGAGCUAGGAUCAGAUCAAAGGACCGAGACCCAUGAGUCUUCGGCCAGCAGGGAGGGUACAAUCCAUCCCGCAAACCCUCACACGAGCAAUUUGAUCAACCUCAAAAACAUUCCGAACUGGGCCCUCGACCGUAUGGUGCGUAACUAUGCCGACACUCACCUUCCACAAUACCCUUGUAUUCCGGAGGCACUGCUAGAAAACAUUGUCGAGCGCGCAAAAGAUGAAGCAGGCCAGGCCACAGGCUCUCCCUUGACUCAUGAAACCCCUAGUCUCUCCGAGACCUUGGAUGCCUUUGAGAGUUUCGUCCUGUCCAUUGUUCUGGCAAUCUCGGCACUCACCAUGACCUCAAAGGACGAGCAACAAGCUCGCUCCGCCUGA